AUGUCUGUCUAUGGAAUCUCUUCUUACUUUUUGUGGACUCAGAAAGGAUUGACAGAACUUCCGCUUGUACGCGGCAGUGGCUUUCUCAUGCGCUACAGAGAGCUUCAUACUUUUUAUCGGUAUCACGUCGUGACUGCCGGCCAUGUCUCGUCUCCAGUGCGGUACAAACAGAUAUACGGCGACACGGCUGGUCUUCGUGCAAUUGGGCAAAGACAUCUUAGCACGCGGCUACUCGUGCCCAGUUCGGAAACGCACAAGGUGGUGCACUCCUUGGAGAUGGAAUUCAAGCAAUACCCAAUGCCUAAUGUUGACGUCGCGUUGUUGCGCUGUAAACAAGAGGCCCAUGUUGAAGAACUUGGUUUACAACCCAUUGAUGUCGACAAGGAUCCGAUCGCAGAGGGCACCGAGCUCGUUUUUUGUGGCCUCGAUGUGGAGGAGGAGAGGGCAAAUCCAAAUGACGAGGGUCUUCUUCUGCGGGAAAGGCGUUUGUUUGGUGUCUGUAAGGCUGCACUCGUGUCGUUGGAUUACGGGACGGUACUGCUGGCCUCACUGACGGAUGAGUCUCCCAGGGCAGUCGAUGGAAUCCUUUCGAAGGGCCUUCCACUGGGCAUGUGUGGUGGACCGGUGCUCCGACGAGGCUCCGGCAAGUGCGUCGGGGUGAUCGUCGCUCGAGUUCUCAAAAACGCCCCACCGCGGGAUCCGAACGCGGGCGCGCUCUAUCAGGACCCAUACUUGGACAUUUCUGAGAAUGUAUCACUCCACGCCCAUGGGUCGCUGGACGUCGCCUUCGUCCCGAUUGGGGAGUUUUAUAGCUCAAUGCGUCGCUCUGAGCUGUAG